AUGCCUCAACCGCGAACAAUGUCCGAGGCCCCCAAUCGAGGUCGACGACCAAUCCCCAAUUCCGCAGCGACCUCAAAUGGCCUGUCUUCGAUCCCCCCCGUGCCGACACUGCGCAAGGCUGCUUCGAGCUCCAACCUUGCUGCGGGGGUCAGUACCGCCGAAGCGUCAAAAGUGAUAGCGCUUGCACGAGAAGCCAUGCGCAUUGCCUUACAGAAUGAAAACCAGGCUGCCGAAGCAGGAACUGUCGACGCAAAUCUCAAACCCGGAGUUACGGUGGACUUGAGCCGGAAGAAUAUUGACGUUAUACCGGAUGAAGUGGUAGACAUCAUGAAGGAUCAGCUUGAGAGGCUAGCCUUGUCGCACAAUCAACUUACCACUGUUCCGUCACGAUUUUCCGAAUGUACGUCUCUGCGAUAUUUGAAUAUCAGGGCGAACAGCAUAUCCGAAUUCCCUAUGCCGCUCUGUGACCUCACUUCCUUGGAAAUCUUGGACCUUGGCUAUAAUCAGCUCCAGGGUCUCCCCCAGGAGAUGUCGAGGCUGUCGUGCCUAAAGGUACUAUCCGUCAAGAAGAAUCAGAUACGCGAGUUGCCGCAUUGCCUCGCCGACAUGGCUUCGUUGCAGUUGCUCACCUACGAGGGCAAUCCAUUGGUUUUUCCGCCAAAAGAAGCCCUGCCGCCUCCCGAUAGCAUGCCACCAAACGAGGCAACAGCACACAUUCGACGUUACCUGAAGCAGUACAGCGCAAACAAUCGGUUUGAUGCGGAUCACGCCAUUUCUGAAGAGAACGGUCAAAACGCAGAGGUGACUCGUGCGCCUUUGAAACGCAGGAUCAGUGGUCGAUUUCCGAUCAAAGUCAGUGGUUCGGAGGCAUCACUUUCCAGAUCCCCAUCUAUCAGCCGGCCCCCGCCACCAAUCUCACAGCGAGCGCAUAACCGCGGCUUCUCCCAGCAGCACACCGCCGCCAGGCGUCCUGGCGCAUUGCCUUUGACACUGGGCAACGUCAACGAAAGGGUUCGCAGUAAUUCCGAGACCCAUCUUCGUGAGCGAUCGGAAAGUCGCAACAGGCGGAUGGGUGUCGUGUCAAAGAAACCAGACCUUGGCACACUGGAUGAGACUCAGGCCAACAACCGUUUCAGCCAUUACCGCGGACUUAGUCAUGGCUCAGCAAUGCAAGGUGCGCCUAUCGGCCCCAAAGAGCCACCGACUCCCACGGAAAAUUAUCCCCAAAGACCGUACUAUGUUCGACGCCUGUCGAUUUUGCCAGAGAGGCGGCGCGAGUCCAAGGUGUAUGAUCCAGUGACUGAGGCUGCCAAGGGCAUUCUGUACUCUGUGUUCCAGAUCCAUCCUAUGAUUCAGAUGCUCAUGGGUCUGACGAACGAUGGCUCUGCCGAGAGAUCACGCCUGGAAAGGAUUGUCUACAACACAGACUUGCAUGUGCAGGAAGUCGAAGGCGAAAUCCAAAAACACGACCUGGCGCUCGGCGAAGCGGAUGAACAAACAGGGCGAGAGAAUGAGAAUGUGCAUCGAGCCUGCCAGACCCUCGUUGGCGCCUACGGCCAUGUGUGCACUAUACUGGCGGACAAUAUCGACACUUUUGUCGAUAACGGCGAUCCCAGGUAUAUCAGAACCCUGGUGAUGGCCAUCUACAGCUGUAUCAUGGAGCUGCGGGCGACCCUGUCCUCGAUGGCUGCUGAGAGUGGUCAAAGUCGCAAGGCCUCGGUUGCGGACACGACGGUUUCUAACUAUACCUUGAAGCCACCUUCGAGGGAGCCAGCGGCUACCCCUACCGUACAUCGACCUGGCAUCACGAGAUCACGAAAUGGCACUUUGGUUCACAAUCCGGCUAACUUACGGGUAGCCACCAAUAUGCCUGUACCGCCACCGAUGCUCAGCUCAGGCUAUUCGGAUGCGCUGGCUUCGGCGACCCCUCGGUCGGGCGAGUCGUUCGCGUCUGCCAUUAGUCGUGACGUGCGAUCGGACACCUCAGAGGAGGACGCGCAGUUUGACAAGAUUUUCCUGUCGUUGCAAAAGUCGGCCGACAUCAUGUCAUCGACGCUGCCGAACUUUCACAUCCAGCUCAAUGGCCGUUUAAGGAACGCCAUACAGAGGGGUGUCCACUCGGGAUUGGUCCACGAGUGGAAAACCCUCAUCAGCAUAUGCUACAGUACCAUGCAGCAAAGCGAGGUCAUGCGGGGCCGGCUCUCUGCCAUUAAGCUCAAAGAGCCCGGCAUUCGUUCACAGCCAAGCUUCUGGAAUCUGUGCAGCAACUUCUUGCGGUCUUGGAUGCGGCUGGGAGACGAGAUCAAGUCAGCAGCCAACAACAACGUGCCGCUGCCAGCUGACAUGCGACGACGCCUGAAGCCCAUCCAGCAGAGCAUCAAGGAGACGACUACCACCAUUGUCAACUCGCCAUGGCAUCAUCUCUUGGGACCUCUGGAGCCUUCUGCUCCCAACGGACACUCUUACAACGACUCUGGCCCCCUAUCGCCUACCGGUGUCUCCAUAACACCUCAGAGUGCGGCACUUGGCCCAGCCAUGCAGGCCAUGGUACCCAAGACGCCGUCCUCAUCCAACAACUCAUUCGCCGCCGCCUUUCAAGGCAACGUCUUCGACCGCGCCGAUGCGCUGAUGGCGAAUCCGGGAAUCUCCAUGACCCGUCCUGGCUUUCCGCGCAAAGGGCACUCAAACCUGAGCUCUUUCUCCUCCGUGUCCUCGCUCUCAUCCGAGGGUGGCAUGAGCCCCGGGCCGGGGCUAGGGCUGAAAUACAAUGCGGGAAGAUCGGCCUUUUAG